AUGGCGACCCCAGCCUCAGCCCCAGACACACGGGCUCUAGUGGCAGACUUUGUAGGCUAUAAGCUGAGGCAGAAGGGUUAUGUUUGUGGAGCAGGCCCUGGGGAGGGCCCAGCAGCUGACCCACUGCACCAAGCCAUGCGUGCAGCUGGAGAUGAGUUUGAGACCCGCUUCCGGCGCACCUUCUCUGAUUUGGCAGCCCAGUUGCAUGUGACCCCUGGGUCAGCCCAGCAACGCUUCACCCAGGUCUCUGAUGAACUCUUCCAAGGGGGCCCCAACUGGGGCCGCCUUGUGGCCUUCUUUGUCUUUGGAGCCGCACUGUGUGCUGAGAGUGUCAACAAGGAGAUGGAGCCACUUGUGGGACAAGUGCAAGAGUGGAUGGUGGCCUACCUGGAGACACGGCUGGCCGACUGGAUUCACAGCAGUGGGGGCUGGGCGGAGUUCACAGCUCUAUACGGGGACGGGGCCCUGGAGGAGGCGCGGCGUCUGCGGGAGGGGAACUGGGCCUCAGUGAGGACAGUGCUGACAGGGGCCGUGGCACUGGGGGCCCUGGUAACUGUAGGGGCCUUUUUUGCUAGCAAGUGAGAAAGUCCAGGGCCAGGUGGGGCUAGGUGUAGUUGGGGGACAAGAGAGCAGGAACAGAACAAGAGAAAUGCCCUUGGAAGAAGUGGGUGAAUGGAUGGGUAUGGAAUGGGGAUGGGAAGGGGCAGGGUACUGUGGGAAGGAGCUGUGUGUGCCAGGCAGGCAGUCGGAAGGAUGAGCUGGAGACAUUAGGGGAUGUGUUUGGAAAGCAAGCAGGCCAGGAGAUGGAGGCAUUCCAGGGUUGGGAGGAGGUGGGAGAGAUCAUGCCUAUAGGUAUAGGCACACAAAACUAUAACUAGAGCUUAUUUUGUAGCCCUAAAGAAGGAGGAUUUGCAUAAGGGGUUGUGUCUCCAUUGGAUGAGUGAGAUUUGGGGAAAAACACCGAAGGCACAUCCCUUUGGAAUGGAAGCUUGGAGUUCUCAGGUGAUAGGGAGAGGUGGCUGUGAUGUUGGGCUGCUUGGACAUGUGUAUGCAUGUGCACGCGUGCUUGUGUGCAUGCUAGGCUGCUUGUCUAACAUGGUGGUGGCCGUAUUCACAGAGAAAACAUUCCCUGUUGAAGUGGCAAGAACAAGGGGCAGCUCUCUGCCCCUCCUCCCAACUCCCUUCUCCCCCUCUCUUUGUCCUGAUGCCUCAAGGCUAUGGGAAAAACACUGUAUCCAGAAGAGGGCUUUGGGCACUUUUCCACAGAAAAUCAUUUGCAGGGCUUUGGAGAUAAGUUCUGUAGCUGGCCCUGUUGCUUCACCGUCCCUAUUCCUUGUGCAUCAUGCACUUGCUGCUGCCUCCUGGGCUCUGACAGAAAACAGGGCCGUGGAGCCUGCAGUGGGGGUGGGUGGGGAGCUGGACCUACCUGCCGCCCUCCUCUCCCACUGGGGCACACUGGUGCCUAAAGUGUUCCCUGUCUCUGGGACUUUCUGCACCCAAACUCAAACUCUAAAUUGGGACUCUAAUUUUCCUUGUGAGUGUGUGGAGGUAAAUGCUGAUCUAGAGUACAGUCUGGGUCUUGCACUGUGUCUCAGUGAGACUGCUGAUGCCUUGAGAGGAACAUUCCAGCUCUGAACCCCAUAGGUGUGAGGGUGACCUAUACUCCGUGACUGGCCUAUUCUGUGUAGUGGGCUUUGGUGCUGCUUUAUCAAGGGCCAGAUAUAUGGGUUCUAGAGUACCUACCAUGACCUAGAAGCAUUUAUAUUUUCUUUGAAGCCACGCUGUUUGCAUGGGUGUUACUUGUCUGUACCUCUGAGUCUGAGGACGUUAGAGCUCAUAGUCCUCUAGAACAGAUUCCACUUAUAGCUUUUUCUUUUGAGAAAGAAAUGAUUUCACUCCAGAUGCAUGCCCUGAGCCAGACCUCACUGCUGCACUUCCCAAGGUGCUAAAAUUGCUGCUCUCCAAUGCUGACUUCAGACACAGUGCUCUAGAACCCUGCCCUUGAUCCUGAGCACUGAUCAGCUUAGCUAGACCAUGGUUGACUCUUCUUGGGAUUUUCAUUUGGUCCCAAAAUGUGGCAACAUAGUUGUACUCACAAGAAUGUGGGACCAAAAUUGGCCUCAGGUGUUUAGCCCAGACUUUUGCUUUUGAGAGAGGGCUGCACUUUUUAAUGGUAUUUAUAGGGGAGGCAGAAGACUGCAUGUGCCACUUGGUCCAUCGUGAGUAUGCUGAUACCAGAAACUCAGAGCUGGUCUGUGGCAGGCAGUUGGGGUGGGGUGGGGGGUCUCUGACUUGCUCAGGACAAACUAGACCAGUGGUUUUCAGGCUGCUUGGCAGAGCCCUGAGGUUUCCUAGGGGUUGCCUCAGGAGGCCUUGGGGAGGUGAAGGGAGGGGGUGCUGAGCAGGCUGGGCUACUUGUCCUUAAACAGAAUAGCUCCCCUUGUAGCUGUCUUACAUAUCGGGGUUCAGGGUAAGAUUUUAUUUGCAUUAAGGGGUUUGCUGCUGAAAAAAAAAGUUGGAAAACCACUGACUAGACCAUCAGCUCCAAAUUGGAGCCUGUGCUCCCCCAGGUUUGGGGCAGACUCCAGCCUCCCCUCUACCACAAGACCACCUAUCCCUGUUAACUCUCCUGGGGACCUUUAGCAAACAGGAGCAGCAGGGACCGUGGUCAGGUAACUGAAAUGCCCUGCUCUGAGGCCUUCACACCUUGGUAGAAGGAGAAGUUGUUUUCUGAAAGGGUAAAGGGCUUGGAUUCCCAGAAGCAUAGCUUGAAUGGGACCGUAGUGGGCAGUUUUGAUCUGUCCUGUCCUUGAGGGGCAAUGGAAACCCCAGAGACUCUUCUGUCAGGGAAAACUAGAGACUCUUCUAGAGCCAUAUAGUUCCUUGGGAUUAGCUCUUGGCCAGGAAGGCUGAGUAUGGCUCCCAAUUUUUAAAUCUAUUUCAUUUUUUAAAAAAUAAGGGAAAUAAAUCUAAUUGCCAUUUUUCAGAGAUUAAAUAGGUAGAGAGGGUGUUUCUUGCUCUCCAGAGUUCAAAGGGACAUAUAGGGAUUUUGCUUAGGCCAAGGAAGGAGCAGAAGUAGGGCAACUAGGUCCUGCGAUUAUUAAUCCUACUCCCCACUUAUUCUAGGGUAUAUACUAUUUUACUUUUUUAAAUCAUAAAAUUGCGAGAGAACAGAUUUGGUUAGUUUAGAAGAAAAGAAAAAGCUCUAUAAAUAUAAAUAUAUAUUCCUGUAUUUUUAUUUAAUAAUUUAUAAAUAUCAAGUUCAUUUGACUUUUAUUUUUGUGUAAUAUGUAAUGGUCGUAUUAAAAAAAAAUAAAGCCCAGAAGUUUAAUGAGAA